AUGUUCAACGGGAAUCUCACUGAAGAGCAGCUCAAGAAUGUUAUCCAGGGACCGGGAGACGUGGAAUGGAAAUAUGAAAUGCGUCGGGAAUGUCAGGAAAUUCUUCCUGGUCUCCUUCUUGGUCCCUUUGUUGCCUCGAAGUCUCUAGAGACGCUUCGGAGCUUGAACAUCUCACAUAUCGUGUGUAUACGAGAUCAGAAAGAGGCUUUCUCUGUCAAACCAAGAUUCCCAGAUCAGUUCAUGUAUCUAGUCCUAGACGUGGAGGACAACGAGGAACAGAAUCUAAUUCGUCUUUUCCCCUCUGCAAAAGCAUUCAUCGAUACGGCGAUUGCGAAUGGUGGUCGCGUCCUCGUGCAUUGUAACGGAGGUAUCAGUCUAUCGCCAUCAUUCGUUGUAAUGUUCGUUAUGCAACAUUACGCUCUCUCUUGGGAGGACGCCCUACACAUGGUUCAGAACCGCCGAUAUUGUAUAUCGCCUAACGGCGGAUUUCUUACACAGAUCAAGGAAUAUGAGGCCAUAUACAGAGCUAACAGAGCAGUGUCAUCGUAUCCUGCGAUGCCUAGGAAUGUUUCGCGGAGGAAACGGAGCGAUGACGAUGAGGAGGAGGAGAAUCGGUGA